CCUCCUAUGACCUCUCCAACAUCGUACCGGACAAUAGACGGGUCUCCGACCGCAGCUCAGGAUCCAGCCCACACUUCCAAAUCAAAAUGCACACCUUCUCCCACCAAAAGCAUGGCACUAAGCGCGACUUGGACAACCUGUCCAUACGUAACGCGCGAUGGAAAGACCAAUCCUGACGUACGAACACUGCGCGGGCCUACAGCUAUCAACGACGCAUCCCAGUCGAUUCUGUACAACGCCAUCGCUUAUGCUCUGACGAGGCAGACCUACUACUCCCAGAGUGUUGCCUCCUUUCUUGAUACCUUCUUUCUUGACUCAGAUACCAAGAUGAACCCUAACCUCAACUUCGGUCAAGUCGUACGAGGUCCAGACGCAAGUGGCCAGGAAGGGACAUUCACUGGGAUCUUGGACUUACGUGGCGUGGUCAAGAUCGUCAACGCCGUUCUCAUCUUACGAGGUACUGGGAGCAGCGAUUGGACCUACGAUCGUGACCAGGGUUUGCUCCAGUGGUCGAAGACAUACGCGAGCUGGCUGGGAAGUGCUCCUGUCGCCACUAAAGCAGCAUCGAGACCAAACAACCACGGCACCUUCUUCUAUUCACAGUUUGUUAGCGUACAGAUUCUCCAAGGUGAUCUCAGCGGGGCGCGAACUUCGUUGGACUACUACUUCACCCAUCAAUUUAAGGAUCAGAUUGCAAAGUCCGGGGAGCAGCCAUUCGAGGCUGUGCGAACACGCCCAUAUCACUACCGAUGCUUCAAUCUCGAGGCGAUGAUUACAAAUGCCAAGCUUGGAGACCAACUGGGAGUGAAUUACUGGACGACGAAAUCCAAAUACGGGACCACUAUUCAAGACGCACUCGAUUACACCAUGAAGUUAAACCCCAAGACGGAGAAAAUUGACGACAUCUUCCCGCACGUCGCGUCGGUUGCUGCUGCUUACGGGGAUCCAGGUGGCAAAUACGAGGCGUUCUUGCGACAGCACGACGCGUCGUACCAGAGCCAGCCGUUCUGGUACUACGAUCAGACGGCUGCUCUGCCAAAUUCGCCGGCGGCGCAGUCGUCAGCAAGCCAUCGACGGCAAGCCCCAGGUGCCUGUUCUGAAGGGACCGAUGAGGCCGACUUUAGCUGCCCUGAAAUAUUCAGUGUGGAGCCGCAGGUAGAGAUUGCGGACGGGAUCUUUGUGACUUGCGAUGACCUGAAACCCUUGUACGAGCUG